AGGAAAGUGUUCAGACCACACUUGACGCGAACCAAGAAAUGACGAAGGAAGAUCCGGUGACGGUGGGUCUCGAGAAGUUGCUCGAUGAGGUUGCCCAACUUAGUGAUCAUGUAGGCGGCCUUGCAUCGAAAACGAACCGGGCAAUACGGCCAGGGAGUAAUUCGCGGACGAGGCCGACGUCUUCGAGUACCACAUCCUCCACAGGGGCUAAGCAGCGGGUGCGCGGCCGCGCGAGGCUUGACGAUAAGAAUUCCACACGGCCCUCCUCCAGGAACAGGGAUAUCGGGGAGGAUGGAAGAUCCACAAGUGCCUAUCCGCGUUCCGUCUCGCAGUCACCAACAAAGCUAUAUCGCGUUGUCGAAGCGGGAAGAAAGUCCCCGAGCAAACUAGAUAACGGACGCCGAAUGCCCUGGGAACGCUCAGACGGGACAGCUUCUGCGUCGCCGAUC